UCUCGUAGCCUAGAUUCUGUCGUUGCCGCUCUCUAGUACCCGAACCGACCCUCUUUCCUCGACCCCGAGCUCCGCGGCUUCGUCGGCGAGCCCGUUUGAAUAUAACGCGAAUGACGCAUUCGAUCAUGAUUCGCGAGACCGCGCUCGCAUCUUAGUGGGCCUAAAUCGUACUCCUCCGAGCGUGCCUUACCAUAAGGCCUGCAGCUGCAGCAGCGCUGUGGCCCGAUAGACAUCCUCCAGCGAGGACCAUUCCCCCCAUUGUCGCACGAAUCUCUUUCCUCCGCUGUCUCUCCCUCUCCCUCUCCCUCUCCCUCUCCCUUCUGUUACAAGAUCCGUGUCGCUCGCCCAGCCCCGAGCGCACUGCGCUGGCAGGGAAAUCGGAAGGGCACCAGCACGCCGAGAAUUCCGCGAGUGCGGGGAGAAGCAGCAGCUCGCAGAGCAGGGGGAGGGGCUGCAGCGCGCGGAGAAGGGCAGGGGAAAGGCGCGGGGAAGGGCGGGGUUGGCGGGAUGUCGGGCAGCGGGGGAUCACUGAGCGGCUUAGGGGGGGGCGUGAGCAGCGGGUUCGUGGCGGGGGGGAGACGGUGGGAAGAUCUGAGAAAAGACGCGCGCAAGCUGGAGAGCGAGGUGGACCACCGCCUGGCAGCGUAUUCCAAGCUGGGGGCGGCCUUCUCCCUCGCCUCCUCCUCCACCGCCGCUGGCUCGCUGCCCGACCCGUCAGAGGCCCAGAUCCGCGAGGGGGAAAUAGAGUCGCUCCUGCAGCAGUUGGCGGCGGUGAACGAGGCGAUGGGCGCGUGUGCUGCAGCGGGGGGGGCGGGAGGGGGCAGCUCGGAGCUGCAGGCGCACACGCUGACGCGCCACAACAACAUCCUCCUGGAGUUCUCACGGGAGUUUGCGCGCACGCGCGGCGCCGUGACAACCAACCUGGAGCGGGCACAGCUGCUGGGGGUGUUUGGCAAGGCAGGCAGCAGCACCCGCGACGGCGCGGGCGGGGGCAGCAGUGCGGGCGCUGAGGUGCUGUCGGAGACCGCCCGGCUGCUCAACGAGAGGAACUCCAUCCACUCCGCACUCUCACAGGCUGAUGACGUCAUCAAGCAAGCAUAUGCCACGUCAUCCUCACUUGCGCAGCAGCGCUCGCUCCUUGGAGGCACAUUCUCUAAAGUCACACUUCUGGGCAACAGAAUUCCAGGGCUGAACACGCUGCUGUCGGCCAUCCGGAGAAAGAGGUCGCGAGACACUCUCAUUUUGGCCUCAGUGGUGGCGGCAUGCACGCUCUUCAUCCUCGUGUACUGGCUCAACAAGUAGAGGCAACCAACCAACCAACCAACCAACCAACCAACCAACCAACCUCAUCCCUUGCUGGAAAGGUAGUGCCAACUGGUAUGCACAGUGGCACGUUUCAUCUGCUAUGCUGCCUUCACCAAGCUCUCAUUGUUAUUACCGUUAAAUAUUCCAUAAAGACGGGUGUAGGAUACUGCUACAAAUCCAUAUCUCUCUAGAAGUUGUCGUUUUUGUGUAGGUUUGUGUAAGCAGUGGACAGUACGUAAUUAGUACACUGGUAAACGCGGUACACGGUGGCACUUGUUUUGCGG